CCAAUUUAGAUAUGCUAUAAAUUUAAGAGGUUGCUAUGGCCACGGCGCGCCCAUUGGCCGCCCGGCCCCCUACGUGCCGCACCACGUCACCAAAUCUGAAUAAGGAUGCGCGAAUUAGGCGGCGGCCAGACAAAGAUGAGGAUCGGGACCGCUUGAAAGUGGGGGAAAGUGCCGGCGCCUCCGCCAACCGGGAAAGCCGCUCGCCAGUGCCGAAGCCAGCAGCCGCGGAGGACACCUGCUCGAAGCUGGAGCGAGCGCCCGGGCGCGACCCGUGACAUGAGGCUGUGACCGCCACCGCCCUCCACGCCACUCUGGGCAGUGCAGCGCCAGGCCGGAGAGUGUCGGAGGACUUGACCCCGAGAAGUCUUGGUUGAUUUCGUAUCGAACUCUCCCCUACCGAAGCCUGCAGACCAGGGAGGCUGAGAGCCACAGCAGCGGGGACCGAGAGGCCCUAAGGGCCCAGGGGCCCCAAGGAGGACGAGGCGGCCCGAGCCGCCGGGUCGCGCGGCUAUGAUGGUGCACUGUGCCGGCUGUGAGCGGCCCAUCCUCGACCGCUUUCUGCUGAACGUGCUGGACCGCGCGUGGCAUAUCAAAUGUGUUCAAUGCUGCGAGUGCAAAACCAACCUCUCGGAGAAGUGUUUCUCUCGGGAGGGCAAGCUGUACUGUAAAAACGACUUCUUCAGGCGCUUUGGCACUAAGUGCGCCGGCUGUGCGCAAGGUAUCUCUCCCAGCGACCUGGUCCGUAAGGCCCGGAGCAAAGUCUUCCACCUCAACUGUUUCACCUGCAUGGUGUGCAACAAGCAGCUGUCCACCGGGGAGGAACUCUACGUGAUCGACGAGAACAAGUUUGUGUGCAAGGACGACUACUUAAGCUCUUCCAGCCUCAAGGAGGGAAGCCUCAACUCAGUGUCAUCCUGUACGGACCGCAGUUUGUCCCCGGACCUCCAGGAUCCGUUACAGGACGACCCCAAAGAGACCGACAACUCGACCUCAUCGGACAAGGAGACUGCAAACAACGAGAAUGAGGAACAGAACUCCGGCACCAAACGGCGCGGCCCGCGCACCACCAUCAAGGCCAAGCAGCUGGAGACGCUCAAGGCGGCCUUCGCAGCCACGCCCAAGCCCACGCGCCACAUCCGCGAACAGCUGGCCCAGGAGACGGGCCUCAACAUGAGGGUCAUUCAGGUGUGGUUUCAGAACCGAAGGUCCAAAGAACGUCGCAUGAAACAGCUGAGCGCUCUGGGCGCCCGGAGACACGCCUUCUUCCGGAGUCCGCGGCGCAUGCGUCCCCUGGGCGGCCGCUUGGACGAGUCUGAGAUGUUGGGGUCUACCCCAUACACUUAUUACGGAGACUACCAAAGCGACUACUACGCUCCGGGAGGCAACUACGAUUUCUUCGCGCACGGUCCGCCGUCGCAGGCGCAGUCCCCGGCCGACUCCAGCUUCCUGGCAGCAUCCGGACCUGGCUCGACGCCGCUGGGCGCGCUGGAACCGCCGCUGGCAGGGCCUCACGGCGCGGACAACCCCAGGUUCACCGACAUGAUCUCGCACCCGGACACGCCUAGCCCCGAGCCGGGCCUGCCCGGGGCGCUGCAUCCCAUGCCGGGAGAGGUGUUCAGCGGCGGGCCUAGCCCGCCCUUCCCUAUGAGUGGCACCAGCGGCUACAGCGGACCCCUGUCGCACCCCAACCCUGAGCUCAACGAAGCGGCCGUAUGGUAAGGCCGAGGGGCUGAAUUGUCCCCUGCCAUCAAGCCCGGGACGCCUCCUGGGUAAGCCUCAAGAGUCCUCUCUUGGGUUCGCACCCACCAGGCUACUCGCAUCUCCACCCCUCAGAGCUUCGGCACGCGCCUGCGCAAUUUCUCGGGACCAAAGUCAAUAUUCUGGAGGGUCGAGAUUCCAAGCAGACCCUAGAAGCCCUCCGGACCCCCACCCACCAUCACCUCUUUGAACUAAGAAGGGGGGGAUGAGACCAAGGAGUGGAGACCGCGGCACUACCCCUCCCUGCGAGCCGAGGCAUUGUGGAAUCCUAUUUCUCACUUUCUCUUUUAAAAACAGAAAGAAAGAAUGAGGUAAAGAAAGAGAGGGAGGGAGGGAAGGAGAGAGAGAGAGAGAGAGAGAGAGAGAGAGAGAGAGAGAGAGAGAGAGAGAGAGAGAGAGAGAGAGAGAGAGAGAGAGAGAGGAGGAAAGCCUCAGCCGGAGAAGAAAGGAGAAGAAAAAUGAGAACGGUGAACGGUGGCUUUGCUGGAAGACAAAUCCACCUGCGAGUUGGCGCCCCCUGGUGGCUCAAGGUCAGCUUGUCUAGGAAGCUGCGCGGUCAGGGCCCUGGCUUCCCAACUCCUGGCUCCUCAAUACUUUGAGUCUGAGGGGCCUGGCAGGAUUCGAACCCUCCCACCCUGCUCUGACCCUGAGCCAGGCGCCAAGUCAUUGGGCAUUUGCCCACGGAUCACUCUCCCUGCCCGGGGCCUGGAGGCUGGGCCAUCAGGACGAACAGUAUUAUACUUUUUUGGAAGUCGGACGCUUCUAGUUUCCUUAUUUUGUAUAAAGAAGAAACAAAUAAAGUAUGUUUUUGUGUCUAC